AUGAACCAAAUGUACACCCCGGGAGAGACGGAGAAAGCUAUUGUUGCCUACUCAAGGGCUGCCGACUUGGCACCAACCCUCGCUGCCCCGAGAGUCAAUCUCGGGGCACAGCUACUCCAGAGUGGCCGCUUGGCGGAAGCAGAAGUGGUGCUUUUGAGUGCCGCGGAGCGCGCGCGUGAUGACCCUAUUAGUCUGGCUGCUACGUACUCCAACCUGGGAGCGGUAUUGAAGCGCAGCGAGAAGCCUGAAGAGGCCUUAGAAUACUACUCCCGGGCAGUGCGGUCGGGAGCCGGACGCCCAUCGUUGGUGCACAUCGCCAAGCUCCACCAUGAGCUUGGGCGAUCAGAGCAGGCUCGUGAGGCGUGCCGAAAGGCGAUGCUUGAGGAGGGAGACUCGCUGGACGCCUCCCCGCUGCUGGUGACUGGUCUGAUCCUAGAAAGCCUGGGCAACGUCGGAGAGGCGGCCGACCACUUUACGAAAGUUGUCCAUCAAGAUGCCGAGAAUCUUGAAGCGACGAUGCAUCUGGGCGCCUGUCAACAGCGUCUCGGACAGCACCACGAGGCUCUUGCGUCUUUCCUCGCCGCGUCUCGGUUGCAACCAGACAAUCCUGUGAUUUACGAAUCGCUACUCUCUACCGUGAGCGACGCGAAGAGAGCCACCGGCAAGGAGGUCGACGACAAUGAAAAUGGCGAUGUCGGCGACAGAAAUCCUGAGCCGGAGGGACACGUUGCUGCAGACGCACUCGAUGAAGAGACUUCCCCUGAGCUGGUUGUGGAGCAAGCGGGGAGUGCGAAGUUCGUGGAUGUCGAGAGAGCUGGUGGACGACAGGAGGGGAGCAAUGAUGGCGUCGUAGCCGUCGAGGCAGAUCUGGCGGCCCAAUCCACUGGAGGCCUCGAGGAACAAGACUCGCUAGACCCACAGAACCUUCGUGCGGUAGACGUAGGGAGCAAACCCCAUGGCGAAGGCAGCAAAGCAGGUUUCCCGGCAGCAGCGACAGCAGCAGCGACAGCAGCAAUGAAAGAAACGGGGAGGGUGGAGGAUUUCGGGCAAGCUGCAAGCAGCGGCGACAGUCGUGGUCAUGUGCUGCCGGUUGGGAAUGCAGCGAAAACCGUGCCCGGCAGUGGUGGUGCAGGUUCCUCCGUGCGGCAAGACUCGGCUGAAAUGCGACGGCAGUCUGAGUCUCUCAGGGACGACGAUGCCGUGCCGACGACAACCCGAGGAUUUUUCGGCAAGCAAGUGCCAGAGGGACCCACAAAAGCCGCCGUUACUGCCACUCCCUCCGCUGUCAUCCUCACUACUCUGACCGGCACAGGUGGGGAAGGGGAUGCUAAGGCCGAGGGUGCCGCCGUCGCAAACCUAGCCGAUGAAACGCUGUUGCCUCAUGAUCCUUCACCGGAUGGGAUCAUAGGUGUUCAGCCUUCUGAGGGUAUUAGCGGCAGCGAGGACGAGGGCAUGGCGAUGGCGGUGGACGGCAACGGGCUGGCAACGGGCACACAGGAGACACAUGCACAGGGGACACCAGCAAGUAGUAGCGGCACAGAACCCUCUGUUCCAGCGAAGGCAACCGAUCUUGAUUUAGGCAUAAUCGAGGAAGCGCUAGCCGUACGACAUGACGACAACAUUGGUUCAACUAUGGCCGGCCGUAUUGGCAACCAAGGCACUGCGGAUGACAUCGAACAAGGCGGAAGGCAUGUGCUACCGUCAAGUACUGAACUACCUGUUCCAAACGGUAACGGAAACGUAGAGGGUACGGCUGUGGUAGGUCUUGAUCAGGCGGAGGCUUAUGCCUUGGCCACACGCAAAACCAAACUUGGCUCGUCGUCCAAGGAAGAGGAAGGGGGGGAGCGUGGCCCAGCGGUACCCGGUUUGGAAGUCCAGGUGGUGGAAGAGGAGGAGGACGAGAAGGAGAACGAAAGGCAAGCGAAUGGGAGAACCGUGCCGGCAACAGCUGCUGAAAGAGAGUUCGCAUCGCCUUCAUUGAACGCCGCCAAUGAGGCACAGACACCCGACGGCGCCGCUGACGCCGACAAUGAGGGCGACGGCCCUAUGGGGUUAGUUGAGGAAGAUGGCAGCGUCGAUGGAGGAAGCGACUCAUUCGAGGAGGGUGACAUAGCAAGCCGUGACCCAGUGGCUGAUGUCAUUCACCCUGCAGAGCCUUCUUUGGGAAACGCUAAUGGUAACAAGGUGAGCGGAGAUGGUCACGAUAUCGCCAACAGACUGGGCACCAACAACCCAGUUGGGCCAGAGGACGAUGCAACGGCACCGGCUGGCGGCAGCGUUGACGCUGUACCUGAAAAGUCAGUCGACGAGGAGGCGGUGCACACAGUAGGCGAAAAGGCUGUGGUGCAGGGAGAGACAGAAGAAGCCGAGGCACGAAGAGAUUCACCUGAGCGGGAGCUGGUAGAUGGCGUGGGAGCUGCUGAUGUUACGGUGGGCACACAAAGCGAGGAACUCGACCUCCUGCCGACAACAGUCGAUACGCCAGGAGCAAAUGGUGGCUUCUUCUCGGAGCAAAUCACUAAUAGCCUGGGAGAGCAAGCCAAGGAGGGUGUUUCAGAGGAAUCUAUUGAUGGGGACAACAUCGAGCAAGUCUCUACUAGUCCCGGAGAACAUGCGAAGGAGAGUAUCACAGAGGACGUUUUGGAUCGGGACGACAUCGUUGAAGCGCGUGCCCCAACCACUAUCGAGGCCGGUACUGCUGAUGAUGGGACGGAUGAAGCCACGGUAGGCAACAGUCGUAGCAGUGGUGACGCUGGUGGUGGAAGCGGGGAUAUUACUGCCAAUGGGGUGCCGAAGGGGCCAGAGAGCGAUGAAACUGAGGCGGGUACUGCUGAUUCUGUUGAUGAUGUUGCAGAAGUGCCUGCUAGUCCAAUCGUCGUUUCCGAGGACGAUGCGAAGCGCGCGCGAGCUAAGGCUAAGCUGGGCAUGGCGAAGCUACAGCAGGGUCAGGCGAAGAAGGCCGUGUCUCUGUUCGAGAAGGCGGCUUCAAUCGACCCAGGGUGGUGGGGGGGUUUCUACUACGCAGCGCUCGCUCACGACGCCCUCGGAAACGCAGAAGCGGCCGCGGGUGCUUUGGUCUCCGCGCUGAGCGUCCCAGCCCCAACCGAGGAGAACGAGGUUGCAGGGCUGUCGGCGCUGUCUUCGAAGGUGUUGGCGGCGCUUAGCCGUGGGAAACAGGUACCGGUGGCGGCUGUUCUCAAGACUGCCAUGGAUACUUCAGGUUUGACGUUUGCGGUCGCACCGCCCACUCACGACCCACCAUCACAAAGGGACCUCGGUAACAGUGGAAACACCAAUUCGGUGUCAACCCAAGGCACCGGCGUCGGCGAACGCACCGCUAACAUGGGGGGCAGCGCGGUGGUAGAACGGACUAAUAGUCGCGGCACAGCAAAUAGACCUGGUCGGGAAGCUGACCUUGCUAGCCAAUUCGGGAGAGCAGACGAAGCUGCUGGUGCAAUUCCAAGCAGGGAAGGACGGGCGAGAGAGGGCUUGGAAAAUAUUGGCAAGGAGCUGCCUUCUUUAGGGCAACGUGGACCAGCUGGUGGCGACGACGGAGCACGACGAGCUGCAGGGGAAGACCGAACAUAUCCUGGAACCGCCCGAGGAACGGGGUCCGGAAGGCUGCAACGCGGUGAGGGGUCGCGGGCGCCCACCGAUCCGCUGGACCUAUGGAAUGAUCAGGAUUUGGAUAGAGGAAGAGAGGCACGGGGUGGUGGCGGUGGUAGUAGUAAUGCCCCGUCGACAUCCGACGUUGGGCACAGGAGACGUUGGGGGCAAAGCGGGGACGGAGAUUUCGGAGACGCGGCGGGUGGUAGCCAUGGUGCAGCUGCUCCUUCUCCUGGGAUUGGCGGGAGUGCUGGACCGCCCAUUAUGAUUGACUCGAAAGCGAGCGCAGAUGAUAUUUUGGCAAGUAUGGGGCUGAAAAGUGGGACUGGAUUGGGGUCAGACCGGCUGACCGCUGGUGGCGGAGCCAGGACCCCAGAAGAUAUGAUGGCUGCUGCGAGCAGUGGUGGUGGUAAUGGUGGUGACCAGCGGGAGAAGAAGGGAUUGUUCCGUCGCUUUUGGGAUAGACAAAGCAAACGAAAAGAGGGAUAAAGAACACAUAGAAUGAAGAAACAGAAAAUAGCGUGCUAGCAGUGUAGUUAUAUGUGUUGCGUACGGUUUUUUCGAGUGUUGUGAUUCGCAUGGGAUGUGGGUGUAAAAGUUUGGGUGUGGAAAUUAUCAUUUUUUCGGUUGGGAAAAUUGGCAAAUUCGGGUACUACAGAAGUUUUUUGGUUGUUGUCUUCACCUUCAUGAAGAAUCGUCCUUGCUCAGUA